CAACGAUAACCUUGACCUUCAGAUCCAGAACCUCCUUCAGAAGAACUUUCAAAAGAGAGACUUCACCACCAGAAUCUUGCUCAAACUACCCAAGUAUCAAAGCUGUUCAAGCAACGCUGCGAGUCUACCUCGAUAAACAAUCUCUUCGAGUCCAGCAUACUCUCCAUCUCUCAAGCACAGUCUUCCAAAAAGCACAUACCUCCACAUAGUCGGAAGAUCUUCGAGAUGUCUUCAUCAGCAUCCCCCACUCGCCAGCUCCGUUUCCGCACUGCCCGUUCCGCCAACAUCGGUGAGGCUGCGGCUACCCGCGCGUACGUUGAAUGUGUUUGGGACCUCGCUAAGGCAACACAAGAGGCCAUUGUGUUCAAGGUCCAAAUCAAGAACAUUGAGAAGCAGAUCAAGGAGGUUAUUGACAAUCCAUGGGGGCCACAUCUAACCGAGGGCGAAACCCACGAGCUCAAUAAAUGGCGCAACCAAUUGCGACCAAAGAUGCUCAGCUGGGUGACCAAUUCAGAAGUUAGACAUCUGCGGAUUAAAUGCGCGGAACUUUACAACAGGUAUGUUGAGGAACGAGGCAAGAAGGGGCUUGGAGCAUACGAAGCUCCUACAUUCAUUAUCAACUGCUUGGAAAGUCAGGAGCGCCUGCACAUUCAGAGGAAGUUCGACAUCAAUCGAGAAUCUCUGAUCAUGGCCAACCCAGAGUCUGAAUUGUCACACCAACAAAUCACCGAUCUCCGAGCUGCUGCCGGCAGAGGCAGAGCUGUCUAUAGAGGCUGUUCGUUGAUCAAGUCGGAGUACACUGUCGAGAAGGAGCUUUUGGCCUUGCAAGCUGCUGGCAGUGUAGUCAACAGCUACAAAGCCUGGAUUCCUAUCAGUACUGCAAGACUUGCCGGCACAGAUGUAUUUGGUGCCCCUCUCAUCGAGGAUCCAUGGAUGGGUUACUUCACAACCCUCGGUUACCUGCGGCUGGAAGAGCUUCUUGCCACUCCUGUUCAACCUCUCCCAGCAAUUCCUGUGUUGGCAGCAUCCUCUAUUGCAAAUUCAUGUACUGAUCGUGGUCAACACACUCAGCCACAAUCUUCUCGUUCAAAGAUUGUCUGGCCACAGCCACCUGCUGCGGACGAUGAUGACGACGAUGCGAGAGACUUGAAUCCACUUCCUCCACAUCCACCUGCACCAGAACCAAUCCCCGUCUCUGUGCCUGUGUCUGUACCUUCACGCACACCUGCACAACGAGCAGUGAAUCGAGCAGUAUCUCCAUGGAGACCAGCAUACGCACCCUUCCCACCACCCGCUCCUCUCCAACAUCCCCCAUUCCAUCCGGCGCCCCCUCCACCGCCUCCUGCCGCCCCAGUCAACCACAACAACCCCUUCGGCCGUCCCCUCCCUUACAACCCCACGUAUCAACAACCCCUCAACCACCCUGAGACCAAUGUCCAGACAAAAUGGAACAAAGUCCGCGGGAAUACCCCGGCAGGUAUCGAUGUCUUCUACUACGACAAAUUGUAUAAUCGCAAGGACUCAAUUCAUAAGGUGGAUCGGAAUGCGGCAAAGAUGGCGAGGGAGGAUGGGACGACGCGGGAUUUGGCGCUUGCUGAGAUGGUGCAGCGGGAGCUUUUGCCGCAGGGGUUUAGGGAUGUUCAUCCUUGAUUUUGAGGUGGAGUUUGGGAGUUUGGAUGUUUGGGACAUUCCGGUAGAUUGGAAAGUAUGGGAAACCAAGGUCAGUUGCAGAGAUGGAGACCUGCUAGAUUUAUUAUUCUUGGUUGUGGACUGGAGCAUUGAGAUUGUGAGAUACGAUUUUUGAAGAUUGGUCAUUGGGAGGAGUUUCAGGAAAUGACACGCGCAAGCGCGUGGAAAUCAUGGUAGUAGGAAGAUUAAUGGAGUCUGCGGAACUCAACGAUCAGAAAAGGCUCCUGCAAUGCACAGCAUUGUAUAGCAUUGAGUGG